UAAGUCAUAUUUGAAUCGAAAGGGUUUUCACUUUUCACUCAGAUCAGAAGGCGUCUUGAUAAACGCCUUCGUCUUACCGUGAGAGCCUCUGUCAACUUUUUCUUCAAUUUCUUCGUUGUAGAAUUUCCUUCAAAUUGAAAAUGAGAGAGUGCAUUUCGAUCCACAUUGGUCAGGCCGGUAUUCAGGUCGGAAAUGCUUGCUGGGAGCUUUACUGCCUUGAGCAUGGCAUCCAGCCUGAUGGCCAAAUGCCAGGUGACAAAACUGUUGGUGGAGGUGACGAUGCCUUCAACACCUUUUUCAGUGAAACUGGUGCUGGGAAGCAUGUCCCUCGUGCCGUGUUUGUUGACCUUGAGCCCACUGUCAUUGAUGAAGUGAGGACUGGUACUUACCGCCAGCUCUUUCACCCAGAACAGCUCAUCAGCGGCAAGGAAGAUGCUGCCAACAACUUUGCCCGUGGCCACUAUACCAUUGGCAAGGAGAUUGUUGAUUUGUGCUUGGACCGUAUCAGAAAGCUUGCUGAUAACUGCACUGGUCUCCAGGGUUUCCUGGUUUUCAAUGCUGUUGGUGGAGGCACUGGUUCUGGGCUUGGUUCCCUUCUCUUGGAGCGUUUGUCUGUUGACUAUGGCAAGAAAUCAAAAUUGGGUUUCACAGUCUACCCUUCUCCACAGGUCUCCACAUCUGUUGUUGAGCCCUACAACAGUGUCCUCUCCACCCACUCACUUCUUGAACACACCGAUGUGGCUGUGCUUUUGGACAAUGAGGCAAUCUAUGAUAUUUGCAGGCGCUCCCUUGACAUUGAGCGACCCACCUACACCAACCUCAACCGCCUUGUCUCUCAGGUGAUUUCCUCUUUGACUGCCUCUCUAAGGUUUGAUGGUGCCCUGAAUGUGGAUGUGACUGAAUUCCAAACCAACUUGGUUCCAUACCCCAGAAUCCACUUCAUGCUUUCCUCAUAUGCACCCGUCAUCUCUGCUGAGAAAGCAUACCAUGAACAACUCUCAGUGGCUGAAAUCACCAACAGUGCUUUUGAGCCCUCAUCUAUGAUGGCCAAGUGUGAUCCUCGCCAUGGCAAGUACAUGGCUUGCUGCCUGAUGUACCGUGGUGAUGUUGUGCCUAAGGAUGUCAAUGCUGCUGUUGCUACUAUCAAGACCAAGCGUACCAUUCAGUUUGUUGAUUGGUGCCCCACUGGGUUCAAGUGUGGUAUUAACUACCAGCCUCCAACUGUUGUUCCCGGAGGUGACCUUGCCAAGGUGCAGAGGGCUGUUUGCAUGAUCUCAAACUCUACCUCUGUGGCUGAAGUGUUCUCCCGUAUUGACCACAAAUUUGAUCUCAUGUAUGCCAAGCGUGCUUUUGUGCACUGGUACGUGGGUGAGGGUAUGGAGGAAGGAGAAUUCUCUGAAGCCCGUGAGGACCUUGCUGCUUUGGAGAAGGAUUACGAGGAGGUUGGUGCUGAGUCUGCUGAGGGUGAGGACGAUGAAGGCGAUGAGUAUUAAGGAUUUUAACUAGUUGCUGAGAUGGUAGUUUGUUUUUUGUUUGGGUAGUAUCAUCUUUUGGUCUGCCUUAUAAUGUUUGUGUAUGUGUGCAACAAAUCUCAGUUGUUCCCAAUUUUAUCCUACCCAGACUGAUGUUAUUGCUGUUUGAUACUUGUUUUAUCGUUGGUUUUUAAUUUGUGGAGUUUCUUUUCUCUUUUA